AUGGAACCAGCCAUGGAAGAUUUUCAGGAUCAAGAUUAUGAAUACUUUGAACAAUCUUAUAAUUGUUUUCCGGUUUCUCAUAUCAAGGAUAGGGAAUAUCUCGAAGAUGGAAACAGGAUCGUAAUGCCUCCCUCAGCACUUGAACGCUUAGUCUAUAUGGACAACAUCGAAUACCCCAUGGUGUUUGAGAUUAAAAAACCAACUACCACUGCUGCCGCCGCGGCCAGCACCAACACCACCACCAGGGGCGGGCGGGACGAUAACGAGGGUGGCUCUCAACAAGUUUCUCAUUGUGGGGUUCUGGAGUUCAGUGCGGAUGAGGGUUUUGUUUACGUGCCAGAAUGGAUGAUGAAAUACUGGCAAAUUCAUCCGGGUUCAAUCGUGGUGUUGAAGUAUGUAACUCUUCCCAGAGGAAGUUUUAUGAAGAUUCAACCACAUAGGAUGAACUUUAUCAAACUACCUGAUCCUAAAGAAAUCCUUGAAACAGCACUGAAAGAUUUUGCAUGUGUGACUGCUGGAGAUACCAUCAUGAUCACUCAUCAGUAUAACCGGUAUUACAUUGACAUAUUGGAAACAAACCCUUCGAAUGCUAUUUCGCUUUUUGAGACAGAUUGUGAGGUUGAUUUUGCACCUUCUUUAGACUACAAAGAGCCAGAAAAGCAACCUCCAUCAUCAGUUGUGCGUGCUGCCAUGGACGCUGAUCCCCGAAAGGUUCAAGAAAAACAAACAUCAGCUCAAGAUGAUGAUCAACAGCCUAAGUUCAAGCCGUUUGUGGGUGCUGCCAGAAGAUUAGAUGAGCAACCUGCAAGUAUUGUGCCUCGUGCAGCUUCUUCUACUCCUCCCUCUUCCCAACUGCCAGUUAAAGAAUCUAGCAAUAGAAUGGCAUCUGAAGCACAACCCUUAUCCAGAAAGCGUGCUGGAAAGCUAGUGUUUGGUCCUGAAGAAGUCGGUAAUCAGCCAAGUAAAUCAAGGAGGAUCUCUGAAGAACUAGAUAACAAAAAGAAUGCAACUAGUGCUGAAGAAAAUAAGUUCAUACCAUUCACAGGAAAGAAGUAUACGUUGGGCGAGUAA